AUGCCGUCCCGACGACCAAUUUACUUCAAUCCCGCAGCGGCACAUGAGCGCUACAGUGCUGCACGAAGCGACAGUCCGAGGCAAUUUCAUCGAUCGCUUCCUAACUAUGCGCCUACAUCGCUCGUAUCGCUCCCUGGUCUCGCGACAGAACUAGGUGUCCGCGCUGUCUACGUCAAAGAUGAAAGUAAUCGAUUUACCUUGCCAUCCUUCAAAGUUCUGGGUGCAUCAUGGGGAUGCUUUCGUGCUGUCACGUCGUAUCUGGGAUUGUCAUCGACAGUUGACUUGAAUGAAGUCGCGAAGCAAGCUAAAGACAGCGCUAUUACUCUCGUGGCAGCAACGGAGGGAAACCAUGGGCGUGCUGUCGCGUACAUGGCGCAAUUGUUGGGCAUUAUUAGUAUUAUUUUCGUCCCGGAUCAUAUGGACGAAAAAACACGUUCUCUUAUUGCUGCGCAGGGCGCUCAAGUCGUCGUCGUGCAAGGAGAUUAUGAUAGAGCCGUGCAAGAGGCAUCAAGCCACACACAGAAUACCAGCGGUGCAUUGUUAAUUCAGGACACAGCAUUUGAGGGGUACGAGGAUGUCCCUGCAUGGAUUGUUGAGGGAUAUUCGACCAUGAUGGUUGAAAUUGAAGAACAGCUGGGAGAGCUCGGGCUGCGUAGCAGUGUGGUGGUUACUCCUGUGGGUGUUGGUAGCUUAGCACAUGCUGUGUCGAGAUACUGCAAGGCCCAAAACCCACCUGUUUCGGUUGUCACUGUCGAGCCUGACUCUGCACCAUGUCUGAUAUCGAGUCUAGAUGCCGGAAAACAGGUGACAUUACAGACAUCCUCAACAAUUAUGGAUGGUAUGAACUGCGGGACUGUUUCAUCUAUUGCAUGGCCAUACUUGCAGCGCUUCGUUGACGCUUCUGUUACUGUAUCAUGCUACGAGAGCCAUUCCGCGGUGCAGUAUCUUUCUUCACGAUCGGUUCCUGCUGGUCCCUGUGGGGGCGCGUCAUUGGCUGCGUUGCGGCAUCUUGCUGCAUCGGGUGAAGCUACGUCGCUUCUGAACGAAGGCUCGGUUGUGGUUCUUCUCAGCACUGAGGGUAAAAGGGACUAUCCGGCCGUACGCGACGUAUCUGUGGAUGAUGCUGUGAGCUUGACUCAAGUUCUCACACAGAUAAACUCUUCGAACCCUACAUUGUCCUUGGCGGACGGAGUGGGUGAGAAUCAGAUUGUUGACUAUCUGGUUGCAUGGCUCCGCCAUCGUGAUAUUGAGUAUCACCGGGUUGAGACUGUCCCUGGUCGACCGUCAAUUAUAGGGAUCCUGCGCGGCGCUGGAGGAGGAAAAUCAUUGAUGUUCAACGGUCAUCUCGAUACAGUCAGCCUGUCCAGCUACGAAACGGAUCCUCUGUCAGGAUCUUUGGGAACCAAAAAUGGCAAACAGGUUGUGUUUGGGAGAGGUAGUCUUGAUAUGAAGGGUGGCUUGUCUGCAGCGCUCGCCGCCUUAGCCACUAUCAAGACUGGCGGAAGUACCCUUCGGGGCGACAUGAUUGUCGCUGCUGUUUCGGACGAAGAAGAUGCUUCCCAAGGAACAAGAGACAUCCUGGCAGCUGGUUGGCGUGCUGACGCGGCGGUCAUUCCAGAACCCACGAGGGGUGUCAUUGCAACCGCACAUAAAGGCUUUUUGUGGGUAGAGGUCGACAUCCUUGGAGUUGCUGCUCAUGGAUCGGAUCCUUCAAAAGGCGAGGAUGCUAUCCUCCAUACAGGAUGGUUUCUACGAGCUCUAGAAGAGUACCAGCGCCAAUUGCCUGUCGACGAUGUCUUGGGACAAGCAACACUGCAUUGCGCCCUGAUCAGAGGCGGCGAAGAGCCAUCUUCCUAUCCGGGACUAUGCACGCUCACGAUCGAAUUUCGUACAAUCCCGUCUCAAACCGAACAGUCUAUCUUGCACGACAUCACUGAAAUACUGAGAGGCAUCUCACAGGAGAAUGCUCGGUUUCGAUUCGCUGAACCUCGCAUCAAAUUAUCCCGUCCCCCACAGAAACUUGCUGCUAGUCAUCCUUUUACAGAACAGCUUGUGGCCUGCGCGUCCAGGGUUUUGGGAAGACGACCAGAGGUUCAAAGCGUUCCGUUUUGGUGCGAUGCAGCCUUACUCAGCGAAGCUGGGAUCCCAUCAAUUGUAUAUGGUCCUGUCGGUGAAGGCCUACACAGUAAAGAGGAAUGGGUUGAGGUGGAGAACCAACUGAUCCUUCGCCGGCUUUAUGAUCUUUAUGAUCUCAAAUUCUAUCAAAUUUCCACGGCUUUUUUCUGUAUCUUUGAUCGGGUGGUAAUGGAUCCGCCAUUUCCCUUCGACCCUCCUCAUCUGGAGGAUUCAGUUGAUCCUAACAUUUUAUACAAUUUCGAUCAGUACUAUUCAGAUAGUACUGAUCAGAACGGAGUGGUUCUACCCCAAACAGAACAAAGUCAGGGACCUUUCCAGCCCUUACCAUUGGUAAGUGACGCUCCUCCCAUGCCUUCAGUCGGGACUUCUCCGUUACCUCUAUCCCAGGAGAGUCUGGUAAAUGUAUCUCAAUGGCUAGAGGGCUCGUAUCAUCCUCCUGUGCCCUGUGCCCACUGCCGCAAGUAUCGAUUGCAAUGUCUCAUUAUUCGGACCACAGAGGCCAAUCCAAACCCAACCAUGGCCUGCUCCAGCUGUGUAGCCCUCUUCCGGGAGUGCAGUUUAGCACGAGGCGAGAAACGCCACCCAUCACAAUUUGAGACUCAGUUUCCAGUAUUAGGCCAUCUCCAUGGCUUGCCGGAAGUCGAAGAUGGAAAUAACACGCCAGAGCUUCCGUUCGACAAUGUCAAUAAUAAGGCGCGCAAAGACUCUAAACAUUUUGUGAGAAAAGGUGCCCGAAUUCUCAGGGAAUGGUUCUAUCAACACCAGGAAUAUCCGUAUCCCACGGAAGAGCAAAAAUCGCACCUGUCACAAGAGACCGGUUUUUCACAGAGAAGAAUUUCGACUUGGUUUGCCAAUGCACGGCGGCGCCAGAAACAACAGCUCCGUUCAUCAACGCUUCCAUCAGUCUCUCGUUUCCGUUCGGGGUCACCCAUGAUUACCAGUACAUUAUCGACGAUGACUCCUCUGGAUCGUUGGCGAGCGUCACCUCCAGAAGAUGAACCUGUCUCUCAAUCUGUUAUUCAGAAUGCCAUUGCCUCGGCUGCAAUGGAGACUGACGCCCCUUCUGAUAUUCUCCCGAUGGAUGGAUCUAUGGAGGAUCUGUUCGAUUUUGAUGAAGCCUCGUCACAUCUAGCUUCUUCCGCCUCAAGCUUCGAAAGCAGAGCAUCGGAAACAUCCGAUAGCGUUUCUUCAGCAUACCACUCCGCAGGAGACGGAGAGUUGCCGUUUCCGCUGCUUCCCAAAAGGACACGGCCACGGCAAAGACGGCCCAGACAGGUUCCUGCAGGAGACGACGGUCGAUAUCAAUGCACGUUCUGCACACGAACAUUCAAGAAGAAACAUGAUUGGUCUCGGCAUGAAAAGAGCGUCCACCUUCCACUCGAUUCGUGGAUCUGCGCACUGGAUCUCAGCCAUAUUCAACAGCUUACGGAAUCUGAACCACGCGAAUGCCCUUUCUGCGAGAUCCCAUUCCCUCCUCCUACCCACUGGGAAGAACAUGAUUUCCAUACCUGUGCUGCAAAGCCAGUAGCCGAGCGAUCGUUCAGUCGAAGAGACCACCUGUGGCAACAUCUCCGCAAAUUCCAUGGAUGCACGAAAAGCCCCGUUCCUGAUCUGGAUGCCUGGCGCGGCACGGGCGCGGAUAUCCAGAGCCGCUGUGGGUUUUGCAAGUGCACGUUGCCCACAUGGAGUUCGCGCGUAGACCAUUUAGCGGAGCAUUUCAAAGAUGGAUCUCGUAUGCCUCAGUGGGAAGGAGACUGGGGUCUAGAUCCGAUUGCAUCAAGCAUGUUGCGAAAUGCAGUUCUGCCGUCCCAACGGUCCUUGACGAGCUCAUAA